AUGACCGCACUCAUACCCUCCUCCUGCUCAGCCUCGAUAUGGAGACAACUCGGCGGCGCACGCACCGCACCCCUCGCAGUCGCAGCUCACCACCCACGCCCGGCAUCGUCGCGCUGCUUUGGCCAACUCGCUCAGCGACCCGCGCCAUCGCCGAUCAAGACGGCAUCCAUCCUCGCACAGCUGCGCCCCGGCAUCACUGCCUUGCCAUCCCCGCGCAUGCUCUCCACUUCCACCAUUGUCGGCAUGCGCAGCUCUUUGAUCGCACCCAAGCAGGCCUCGGACCCGGCAUCAAGACCAACACCAACACCAACACCAACACCAACCUCGCCCCCGCCCUCACCACCCGCCGGACAACCCCUGUCCGAGGACAUCGCCACGCUCCCCAACCUCCUCACCAUCUCGCGCCUCGCCCUGACACCCUACAUCGGCUACCUCGUGUGCACCUCGCAGUUCGCGCCCGCCUGCGCCUACCUCUUCCUCGCCGGCCUCUCGGACCUCGCCGACGGCUGGCUCGCCCGCAGGACGGGCCGCUACACCGUCUUUGGCUCCAUCGCAGACCCGGCGGCCGACAAGGCCCUCAUGACCACCAUGGUCGUCUCGCUCGCGUGGUGCGGCAUGAUGCCCCUCUGGCUCGCCACCCUCAUCCUCGGCCGCGACGUCGCCCUGGUCGCCUCGGCAUUUGUCAUCCGAUACCGCACCCUCGCACCCCCAAAGACGCUCAAGAGGUACUUUAACCCCAAACUCCCCUCGGCCACCGUCACGCCCACCGCUAUCAGCAAGUACAACACCUUCCUCCAGCUCCUCCUCGUCGGACUCCUCACCAUCCUCCCCGUCGUCUUCCCCAGCGCAAACCCCGCCAGCAACCAGCAGCAGCAGCAGCAGCAGCAGCAGCAGCAGCAGCAGCAGCAGCAGCAGCAGCAGCAGCAGCAGCAAGGCGACGAUGCACAGCCGGCGAGCACCGCUUCAUCCCCCACCCUGCAGAGCUGGAAACCCGCCGUCGACACCGCCGUCAACGGCUUCAUGAUCGUCGUCGCAGCCACCACCGUCUGGAGCGGCCUAGGCUACCUCGGCGGCGGCGGCUCCGCAAAGGUCCUCUCCCAGAAGGUCGCGCAGAACAUCAAAAAGGCCAGCGGCGGUGCGGCCGGCAGCCGUGGUCCCAAGCUGUGA